AUGAGAUGCCGGGAUGAUGAAAGUGAUAUGAGAAGAAGAUUUUUACAGUACAGUAUUUAUAUUUAUGGAAUGCCGGCUGUGUUAGUGACUAUAACCUUAGUAACCUAUAUAGUGUCUACUGAUGGAUCAGAUAUUGGAUAUGGAGGAGCUAUCUGUUUUUUAGCAUCUGAUAUAGCUAUAGCUUUAGCAUUCGGUAUCCCGGUGGCUAUAACCAUAGUGUCUAAUUCGUUAUUCUUCAUUAUAACUGUACGCUCCAUUCGAAACUGUCCAAAAAUAGAAAAAAGCAAACAGGACGAGCAACAUGCCACUGUCUAUAUAAAGUUAUCAACACUUACUGGAAUAACAUGGACUCUUGGGUUCCUGGCAAUAAUUACAGGAAAUCAGGUUUUAUCUUAUUUAUUUAUACUGAUCAAUGCCAGUCAGGGUAUUUUUCUAUUCAUUUCAUUUGUAUGUAAUGAAAGAAUCAAGAAAUUAAUUUCCCAAAAUGGCCGUGAAAGUGGUACUGGAACUACUAAAACGAAUGUCAAUACCGCAGUAAAUUCAGUAUCCGCUGAUAUGGACUGA